CGUCCACAUUCCAGCGGCGGCCGGCAGUUCCGUUAUGGCGGCCUGCAGGUUGCGGUUGUGUUCGUUUCCCUCCCGAGACUUGUUGCAGAGAAGACUCGUCGUUUCGGGAACAUCUGGCUCUUUUAGGUUGGGACGUGAGACCAGGACUCCCACGAAUGACUUGGAAAGGCACUAUUCAGAAAAUGCAACCUUUGCAGAAAAAUCUCCUAUCAGGAAAGAAGAAACAAUUUUCCUUCCAAGAAAAAAAACCUGGGAUAAAUCAGCAAUUCUUCGAGCACUUGCAUUAACUGUAAACAGGGAUAUUACAGCUGUUCCCUACACAUUUCAAGAUGAUCCUUAUCUUAUCCCCAGAAAUUCUUCAGAGCAUCAUUUCUUUUCCAUGUCAAAAACAUCAGGACAAAAGGCAGCCAAAUUUGUUAUUAACACACAUCCUGAACUUUUUGAGAAAGACUAUGCUGAACCUCCCAUUCAGAGUCUCAUGCCAAAAAGGUUGGUGUUACAACUUGAAGAAGUGAGUGAGAUUGCAUUAAAAAAUCUAAUUCAGCUAAGAAAAGUAAAAGCAUCUGUGAAUAUGUAUGAUCAGCUUCUACAAGCAGGAACAAGUGUAUCUCUGGAGACCUCGAACAGUCUUCUGGAUCUUCUAUGCUUUUAUGGAGAUAGAGAACCGGAUCAGGAGAAUGAUAGCAGUUUAGAAAAACAAGAAGAAACUCCAUCAAGAAGGCAGUGUGCAAGGAACUCUUCUAAUUUCCAACAAAUUACAUGGAGGUAUGAAUAUACUAGCAGCAAUGCCUUGAGGGAAAACAACAAUGCUGAGAGAAUAUUUCACCUAAUGCCAGAAAAAAAUGCACAUUCCUAUUGUACAAUGAUAAGGGGAAUGGUGAAGCAUGGGGAGUGCCAAAAAGCUUUUAACAUGUACGCUGAUUUGUUGAAUAAAAAUCUUAAGGCUGAUGUGAGCAUCUUCAAUGCACUUAUUUUAGCAGCUGUAGAAGUUAAGGAAAAAUACAUUGAGAAAUGGGCAUGUAUUGAAGACGUGCUGAGGCAAAUGGCUGAACAGGAUAUACAACCAAAUUUACUAACCUUUAAUUCUGUCCUGAAAGCAUUGAAGCAGUGUGGUAAGGUACCCCGGGCUAAAGCUAGAUUGAUCUUGAAUGAGAUGAGAGCACUAAAUAUAGAACCUAGCCUUGCAACAUAUUACCACUUGCUGUGCAUGUCACAUAACAUUGCUGGAUUUGCUGAAUCCCAAUCCCAUGUGCUAUAUGCUAUAAUAAAUGAAAUUGAAAGAAAAACUUUUUGUCCUCAGGAUCCAGAUGAUAUCCACUUCUUUCCAAGAGCGAUGAAAACAUGUCUGGAACUGAAGGAUGUUCAACUUGCUUAUCGGCUACAUAGAGUGUUGGAGAAAGCAGACAACAGGAUAAUGUUGGGAGAUACGACACAGAAGAACUUUUAUUAUAUGUCAUUUUUUGAAUUGUUGUCUAUAAUGGAACACCUUGAUGUUUUGUUGAAGUGGUAUAAAGAACUGGUUCCAUCAGCAUUUUACCCAAAUAUUAGAACAAUGCUGUUGCUUCUUCAGGCACUGGACACUGGUGAUUGUUUGGAAUUGAUUCCCUGGAUCUGGAAAGAUAUUAAGCAAUUUGGAUUUAGUCUCAGAGACCCUGUUGUACAAGAAGUUCUGUCUCUUAUGGCAAGAGACAUACAUUCUCCGGAGACCCAAGUUGCAUUUGCUGACUGUGCUGAAAACAUAAAAUCUCUCCAUGAAUUAAAGAGCAAGAACAUGCAACUCCUGUGGACAGACACUUCUCUUAAUAAUACCACAACACUUUUCGCCAGGGCUGGCAGAACACAGGAAGCUUGGAACAUGCUACAGCUUUUUAAAAAAUACUCUCAAGUUCCCAGCGAUUUGACAGUGAAAGAAAUGUUCAAUUGUAUUAAACAAAGUAGCCAAGCGGAUAAAGCACUUGAACUACUAAAGCUGACUGCUGAAUACGGUAUACAAUCAACUUCACUGCUCGCCAAGACAAUUCUAGAAGAAUUUGAACUCUCUGAAGAGCAAAAGAGGACUCUGGAUGAUAUAAUAGAAGGAAGCUGUGGUUAGAAAUAGGUGUCAGAAGGGAAACCACUUUCUAUUUUCUGAAUGAAAAAGCAGCUUACCUGAUUUCAGUACAACUGUCAAGGAGUGGCCCUGAAAGUCUCUGUGAGCCUUGUACAUACCUGUAUUAUCAUCAUGUGGAUUCUCAUCUGAUGGCAGUUGGUAGGAAGUUCUAGUUUCACCUGUUUUUGGAGUGUUCUCAUUCUCCACAAGCUGUUUUGAAAACCCAAUUGUCUGCCAAAAUCCUAGAAUUAUUUUCUUAUUAUAUUGCAUCUACGUUUUCCUUAGACAUGCUAAUAAAGUAAUAAAGAGUAAUCCACUUGCCUCUUUUCAA